AUGGGUCGCAAAUUUAGAGGUGGAAAGAAGGGCAAGGGCCGCGGCGGCGGCAACGGGGGCGGUGAUCGCGGUCGCCAGCCUCGCAGCGAGUCGUGGCAGUCCUACCCCGCCGUCAAGAAGGAGAACGAGAGGCUCCAGCGCUACUACAACACCAUCAUCGGCCUCUCUGAGGAGGAACAGGGCCCCUUCUGGGAUGCCCUGCGCAGAGACCUCCCCAACAGCUUCCGCUUCUGCGGUUCCAAAGGUCACGCCUUGGCCGUCAAGAAGCUCCUACAAAGCCGAUACAUGCCCGAGAUCGAAAAGAUCGAACAUGCUGACGGAAGCACCGUCGAGCCCCCCAAGCCCCUCUCCUGGUACCCUAACGAACUUGCUUGGUGGAUGACCACCCCGAAGAACGUCAUUCGCAAAUACCCCCCCUUCGCCGCUUUCCAGAAGUUCCUCGUUUCCGAGACGACCAUCGGCAACAUCAGCAGACAGGAGGUUGUCAGCAUGAUCCCGCCUCUGUUAAUGGACGUCCGCCCCGGCAUGACCGUGUUGGACAUGUGCGCCGCGCCGGGCAGCAAGGCCGGCCAACUUCUCGAGAUGAUCCACCAGGGCGAGGAGGCUAGGGUCAGAAAGGUUCUGCGCGCGUUUGCAAAGGAGGACGGUCUCGACCUCGGCGAGGAGACGGAAGAGGAGCGCCAGGCCGACCUCGACGCCGACCCGACGGAUGCUGGACGCACCACCGGUCUCCUGAUCGCCAACGACGCCGAUUACAAGCGCGGCCACAUGCUUGUUCACCAGCUCAAGCGUCUUGGAUCUCCCAACCUGCUUGUCACGAACCACGAUGCCACCCAGUAUCCUUCCAUCAAGCUCCCAUCCGAUCCGGCGACUCCCAACAGGCCUCAGUACCUCAAGUUCGACCGGAUUCUCGCUGACGUGCCGUGCUCGGGUGACGGCACGCUGAGAAAGAACAUGAACCUGUGGAAGGACUGGCAGCCUGGCAACGCCCUGGGCCUCCACGUCACCCAGGUCAGAAUCCUCCUGCGCGCCCUCGCCAUGCUCAAGGUGGGUGGCCGCGUCGUCUACUCCACAUGCAGCAUGAACCCCGUCGAGAACGAGUCUGUUGUCGCGGCCGCCAUCGACCGUGCUGGUGGUCCCGACAAGGUCGAGAUCGUCGACUGUAGCAGCGAGCUGCAGGGUCUUGUCCGUGCCCCCGGCAUGCGCAAGUGGCAAAUCAUGGACAAGUCCGGCAGGCUCUGGAGCUCGCAGGCCGAGGUCGACGAAUAUACCAAGAGCAGCACUGACGGCAUCGCGCCCGGCAGAAUCGUCGACACCAUGUUCCCGCCUGUGGAAGGCAGCGUGUGCGCCGACCUCCCUCUCGAGCGCUGCAUGAGAGUCUACGCUCACCAGCAGGACACCGGUGGCUUCUUCAUCACCGUUUUGCAAAAGAAGGCCGAGGUCAAGAUCCGCCCCGAGGAUCAGAAGGUUGACGACGCGGCCAAGUCGAACGGAGCCACCGCGGCGGCCACCCCCGCAGCUGAGAACGACACGGAGAAGAAGUCCGAGGAACAGACCGAAGAGAAGACCGAGGCAGCUCCCGCUGCCACCGAUGAGGCCGCCGAGGCCAAGCCUGAGGAAAAAAUUGAGGAAAAGGCCACCACGGCCGAGGCCGAAGUGGCCGAGCAGGAUGCUACGAACGGCGUGAAGCGAGCGCGAGAGGACGAGACCGCUGACGGUGAGACCCAAGAGACCAAGAAGCCCAAGCUGGAGGCGUCACAAGAGAAGCCCAAGAGGUCCAACCGCAACAUCCACGGUCAGGUCGAGGAGCCCUUCAAGUACCUCAACCCUGCGCACGAGGUCAUCAAGAACAUCCAGAACUUCUACCACAUCUCGUCACGCUUCCCCGACGACCGCUUCAUGGUGCGCAACGCGGCCGGCGAGCCCGCCAAGGCUAUCUACUACACCUCGGCGCUCGCGCGCGACAUCCUCGUCGAGAACGAGGGCCGCGGCAUUAAGGUCAUCCACGGCGGCGUCAAGAUGUUCAUGAAGCAGGACGCCCCCUCGGCCGAGAUUUGCCGCUGGCGCAUUCAGUCCGAGGGCAUGCCGAUCCUUCAGGGAUACGUCGGCGAGCAGCGCGUCAUCCGCCUCACAAGCAAGGAGACGCUGCGCCGCCUCCUGAUCGAGAUGUUCCCGCGCAUCGCCGACGGCGAGUGGGAGAAGAUGGGCGAGAUCGGCGCGCGCGUCCGUGACAUCGGCAUGGGCUGCUGCGUGCUCCGCGUCGAGCCCGACGGCUCGGACCCGGCCUUCAGCGAGCGUAUGGCGCUGCCGCUGUGGAAGAGCAUCCAUUCGCUCAACCUCAUGCUGCCUAAAGAGGACCGCACGGCCAUGCUGCUGCGCAUCUUCAACGAUACGACGCCGCUCAUCAACAACAGCCUGCAGAAGCAGCGACAGAUUGACGAGGCCGCCAAGGCCAAGGCGGCGGGCGCCCCCGUCGAAGAGAAGGAGGUUGCGGAGGAGGAGGAGGCCGUUGAUAUGGAGGACGCCCCCACGCCUGAGGAGAUGGAUGCCGACGUAUCCGUGCCCGCCGCUGCAGCCGCCGCGACCACUGAGGACCCUUAG